AUUUUCGGUAAUUUAAUUAAUUGUUAUUUAGGACAAUUAGUUGUUUGAUGUAGAUUGCGGUUUGUGGAUUGUAAUUUGCUUGCAGGACUUCCCUGAAAAAUGGGUGAUGCUCAUUUUUAGGGGAAGUGCUGCCCAAUUUUUUCUAGAAAUUUAAUAUAUUUAUUGCGUGAUAGGUGUGAUAUCCGUUAGUGUGUUGCAGCGGCUCGACAUUCUUUAUUGUUCUUUUAUAUCUGUUGCGGUUCUGCUCUACAACAAGUAUGAGGGGUCGAGGCAGUGGCUCAGGCCGUGGCACAGGCCGUGGCACAGGCCGAGGACGCGGACGAGGAGAUGACCCUGUUGUUGGCGAUACCGACGUUGCUGAGGAGCAACAACAGCUGGAGACCGGAGGACCUAUUCAGCCUCGGCAGCAGCGUGAGCCUGGCGAGCCCCCGGCUAUUCUGGACGACCAGGGCAGGGCGAGGGUUCACCCAGACCCUAGCAGGACUUUGUUGCUGGACUCAGGGCCGGUUUCUCGUGCCAUCAGAGAGAUUUUCAGGAAGUGCUGGUUCGAGACUGGCUAUGCAUGGCGCUUUCUGACUGCGGAUCAGAGGGAUUUCUAUUUCCAGGAGUUCCAGAAAGAAUUCUGGUGGGAUAGUUCUGUCUACAGCGACGAGCUCAUCAGACAGGUCUUUAUGACCCACGCAGCUACCCGCUACAAAGACAACGUCCAUAAAAUGAAGUCCAAAAAGCAGAAGCAUCAAUCUGUGGGCCAGGACAUAUGGGAUGCCUGGAAUGCCUUCUGGGACACAGAGGCGGAGAAGAAGAAGUCGGAGAUAGCCCGGGCAAACCGGAUGAGCGAGCCGGCGGGCGCCGGUACUGGACCGGUCCGUCAUACCGGGGGAUCCCGCUCAGCUCUCAAGCAUAUGGACGUGAUGGCUAAGGAGCUCGGCCGGAAACCGAGUGCGACGGAGCUGUACACUCGCAUUCACUCCACGAAGGGUGAGAAGAAGCCUGUAGACAAGCGGGCUCAGAACAUGACUGACGCUAUUGCUGAGAGGCUGGCUGCUGCGACUCAGUCGCCGACCGGAGAGGGUAGCUCGACGAGUCCAGCUGAGGUGGAUGAGACCCAACUGUUUCUGGACAUCGAGGGUGUCAAUAAGAAGCACCGCGUGUACGGUUUAGGGUCGGCGAGUAGCAGGUAUGCGGCCCCCAGUAGCAGCAGGGCGCAACGAGGCAGCUCUUCUAGGUCGACACAUCUUGCGGACGAGGACAUCGAGCGCCGUGUGCAGACAGGCAUUCAGGAGGGCCUGCGAGAGGUUGAGCAGAGGUUAGCGGAGCAAAAUCGUCAACAGCUGGCAGAGCAACGGCGUGAGCACCAAGCGGCAAUGGCCCAGCUUAUCCGAGAGGAGAUAGCAAGGAUGAUGCCUAAUCUUCCUCCAGAGUAUCAGCCACAGUUUCCCGCUCCCCCACCAGACCGUGAUGACACUACAGAUUUGUAGUGUCCUGUUAGAUUAGGAUUCAGAACUAAUUAUGUAUUUUUUUUCUUUUAGACGACGUUAUGUGUAUUUUGAUAUUUAUCUAUAUAUUCAGUGUCAACUUUCUAUUAA